GAAAAUCCAUGUUAUCGAAAUGCAGCAAGAGCAGAGUAAGAGCAGCAGUGACAGGCUAUCAUUGUAACGUUAGAAGUCAAACGAUUUUCCAAAUGAUGGGGUUUUCGCGAUAAAGCGCUUUUGAGGCUGCACAUGUGUAGACUCCGCGGUCUUAAAAUCCCCACAAUGUUUUGCGCACGGAACAAUUUCCAAAUCUUUGGCGGAAAUCGCGCUCCAUUUAAGGCGGGGCCUCGCAUAUGACGCACACCUGCACGCCUGUUCCACAAUUCUUCGUUUUCCGAGGCUAGGAAGUAUUCUUGCCUCGCUUCUGAAGCAACUGACUCGGAGGUACAUGUGCUACCAAGCAAGCCUCCUCCACAUUGAGAAAAACCCUGUGUUGGCUAACUAAACUAACGUGAGCCGACCGCAAAGGGAUGGUAAGUGAGUGAGUUAGCUGACUAGCUAGCUGCUGUUUUACAAUACAUUACAUGUCACUUGUUAGACGCUUUUAUCCAAAGCAACGUAUAUACUCAAUACUGUGGACAGUCCCCACAGGAGCAAUUUGGGGUGAAGUGUCUUGCCCAGGGACACAACGACAUGCUGACUGCAGUGGGGUUUGAACCUGUGCUCCCCUGAUCCCAACACCAACGCACUAACCCACUGCGCCACAUCCUCCCUUAAGCUGUUGCUUUACUGUAUCUGAACACCGCAAUCAUGAGUGAAGAUGAUAAUUCAGCCUCUGCAAACAGAGACAGGGACUCCACUCUCCUGCUCACUAAAGACGGACAGAGGUACUACGUGAGUAAGAGCGGAGUAGUUGACAGCAGAAAUGUGAUAACUCCGCACGAACCGGACAACAACGCCUCCUCCUAUGACAUGGAUGAUAUGGACGAAGAGAGCGAUGUUCUGGACACUUCGGACCCCAGAGACAGCGCCGCCAGCCCGGAGGAACUGAACGACGAUGAGACCUCAGAGGGGGACAGCGCCCCCAAACAGUGCACCUAUGACGGCUGCACGGAGACCACCACGCAGGUGGCCAAGCAGCGGAAACCCUGGAUGUGCAAAAAACACCGCAACAAGAUGUACAAAGACAAGUACAAGAAGAAGAAGAAUGAUCAGGCCAUGUCUACUGGAAAAAUUGAUGAGAACUCAGAGGAGCGGCCUGUAUCAGUGAACAAACAGCGUCUGGGCGCCAUGGGGGACCGGCCAACCAGACCCUCCCUCAUAGAGCAGGUCCUCAACCAGAAGAGACUGUCCCUGCUCAGAAGUCCAGAGGUGAUCAGCUUCCUGCAGCAGCAGCAGCAGCUCCUGGCCUCACAGAGCCGCAGCCAGGCACAGCAGCAGUUCCCGGGCUGUUGACGCUGGGCAGUUUGACCUUAUUGUGAUGCAUAGAGAACACUGAAAAAACACUGGUACUGCAUUCGUAAAUAGAUAGUAACCAUACACUGUAUACAGUGAAAUCCCCAGCCAAACAGCCCUGCUUAAGAAAGAAUAACAAGGGACAUUUUAAAGGCGUGAUGAGACUCCGGAGCAGGUUAGCCGUUCAGCAUACGUUACCAUGGAGAUCUACCCAGGUAAGAAGUGAACCAGCGUCGUAGGAGUUUUCCCUGAAGUUAGCUCGCUAAGCAAAAAUCCGGCUUCGUAUUACAGGCCUCAGUCCAAGUCAUUCAGAUGUAGAAACCUCAGGCCAUCAAAAUUACCCUGAGUUUAAUUUUAUUCUUCUGUCUUUUCUUUUUCAUAACUGAAAAAAUAUCUCUUUGUUUUGUGUGAUAAUUGUUUUUUUCGCUAAGUUAUUACUCGCUUUGUUUUUAAUGUUUUUUCUUGAAGUGUUGUUACAUGGGACAAUCAUGUGUGUGUGAUGCAUGUCUGGAGCCUCCUUUUCGUUACAUAUGGUUUUCAGGAUUUGUUUUGAACCCAAGAUUGUAUAUCCCUGUUUAUCUGACGCUGUUGCACAAACAGUCAAUUCUAACUGUACUGAAAGGAACACAAACCAUGAUUGGUGGGGGGAAUAAUUGUCAUGCUAGCCCUGUUUUACUGUACUUUGUGUUUGCUAUGUUUUUAAGUUGAAGUGUGUAUCCUGCUGUGAAUAUAGGAGUAAAAUGAUGACCAAAA